AUGGCCACCAAUCUACAGGGUAUGGAUAUGAAUCAGCUUCAAAUGAUUCUUAAUCAGCUCCAAGAACAACUUACCUCGGUUACUGCUCGCGUCAACGAACAUGAUGGUCUUCUUGCUCGUUUAGAUACUCUGGAAAAAGAGAAUUCAGAGUUGAAAAAACUUUUACAGGACAAGGACCUUGCAAUUCAAAAAUUGCAGGGUGCAGUCUCCGGUCACGUGGUCCCCUCUGGUUCGAGUCGGCCCACGGCGGUAGAGGGGUCAACCCUCAAAACUACUACUGGCUCUAUGAAUACUAAGGCUACUAAAUCACCUAGCUAUGCAAAUGUCGCAAAGGCUGCUGCUACUCUUCCUGAUCCUGCUACUGAAGCUAAGCAAGCUAAGAAGCGUCUUGCUAUUGGUCGCGCCUUUACAACUGCUGCUCGUAAAGGACCUCAAGGUUACCAAUAUGUUUAUAUUGGUAGAUCUAAGAAGAUUGCACGCUCUGAAGUUCGCUCUCUCUUGCGCAAAGCCGGCGUUGAUUUGGGUCGUGUGCUUGACAUCUGUUUCCCAGCAUCCGAUGUUAUUGGCAUCCUGGUGCAUGUGCAAUAUGUUCAGGAUUUUACUGCACUUUUGGAGGCUUGUGAGGCUGAAUUCUUCUUCGACUUUGACCCUUUGGACCCUGCUAACAUAGCUGAUCCUAAGUAUGACUCUUUGACUCUGGAUCAACGUACUGCUUUGAUCAUGGAAUUUACUGCUGCUCGGUGUCUGCAAACCUUAGCUUUCCUACGUCCUCUGAAUGUCAGUGGUGUUGGUAAGUACUUUGUUGAGCAAGGCUGGAUUUGUGACGAAGACCUUUCUGUUUCUGUUGGUGAUGCCAUUCAACGCUUUGCAAAGAAGGAACCCAAGAGGGCUAACUUCUUGUUCCGUCGCAAGAUUAAUGCUGACUCUGCCAAUGAAGAUUCUGCUAUGGAACAAUAA